GUCUGAGUCGAAACAAAAUAAAAAAAUUCCUUCAGUAGCACCUUAAAGACCAACUAAGUUUUUUAUUUUGGUAUGAGCUUCCGUGUGCAUGCACACUUCUUCAGAUACACUGAAACAUAAUCCACCAGACCCUUAUGUAUAUUCAGGGGGGGGUGAUGGGAAUGGGUGAUGGGCUGAUAGGAGUGGUAAACCUGUUGAUGACUGUUAACGACUGUUAAUGACUGCAAUUGGUCUUGCAGGAAAAAGCAAGGGCUUUUCGUCAUUUCGUUAUUCAUUGCCUGACCUGUUCCAAGCCCACACAGCAGCCGCUGAGCUGCCGAGCCAGGUGCCCUAGGCAGGCAAGACCUUUAAGAUGAAAGAUUGCAGGAAUAGCCUGGUUAACUCUGCAACGGGCUCCGUGUGAGGUUUCCCUUGCACUUGAUCUGGAAGCUGCAGAUACAAGUGGCACCUCGACAUACGAAGGUUUCGACUUACUAAGUCUUUUCGCCGCGUGUAGUGCAGAAUGCUGCCUCGUGAUUGCUGACAGAAGUGAGACCUUUUCAGCGUAUAAUGGGGGUUGCUGAUUUGUUGCUGGACCAAGUUCAGGGUGUUUCUAUUCUCAAAUAAAGCCCUUAACAACUUGGGACCAGUUUCCCUGCCAGAUCGCCUUGCCCCAAAGAUGCCCACUCGACUGCUUCCAUCUGUGGAACUGGCACUAUUGCAGGGGCCACACCGUUUGUAAGAAUUGCCCAAUAGAAAGCCUGAAAAACAAGAAGGCCUUUGCCCAGUGCUGAAAUGACAUGGAAGGAGGCGUGAGCCAAGCCUCUUCAAGGAAUAUGUCACAUGAUGUGAGACACUCCAGAAACAGCCCCAGAUGAAGAUCUUCAACUCCAUUUCCCAACAUGUUAUUUACUGACUAUCUACCCUGCCCUUCCUCCCCAAGGAGUCUAGGGCAGCAAACAGGUUGCCUUGGCCGUGGCUUUGAACCUGAGGACGUACCUUCAGAUGGCCCUUCGGAAUGAUGGGAAGGUCUUGAUACAUCUGCCAAAUAUUGGGACCAGGUUACACUGGGAAACAUCUGAUCUGGAGCCCUUACUGGCAGCGUUCCCUGCUGGCCUGAUUGACUCUCAGCCCCCCAGCCCAGAACAAGUGGAGAAACUGAAGGAGUUUGUGGGGCCUGCAGAGGGAGUGGCGGCAGCCACACACAGCCUGGCCGUCGUGGCCUUCCUCUACUUGUACUUGUCCGCUGCAUCCAAAUGCGGGGUCCUUCCAAGCAUGGACAUCCUGGUGUGGUCUGAGCUGCCACCAGGUGCUGGGUUGGGUUCCAGCGCUGCUUAUUCCGUCUGCCUUGCAGGGGCAUUGCUUUCUGGGUGUGGGAUCAUCAGCUACCCUCUGGACGAGGGCCAGUCUGUAGCCAGGUGGGCUGAGGAUGAGCUGGACUUAAUCAACAGGUGGGCCUUCCGAGGAGAGCAGCUGAUCCAUGGGAACCCCUCUGGAGUGGAUAAUGCCGUGGGGACCUGGGGUGGAGCUUUGAGAUACCAGUCAGGAAAAAUCUUGCCGUUAAAAAGAGUCCCCACUCUACGGAUUUUAUUGACCAACACCAAGGUCCCUCGGAGCACCAAAGUCCUGGUUGCAGGGGUUAAAGACAAGGUGCUGAAGUUUCCCGCCAUAAUGGAGCCAGUGCUGGCUUCGAUUGACGCCAUUUCCCAGGAGUGUGAAGACGUCCUCAAAGCAAUGGCUGAUCACCCAUCUCAGGAGCACUACCUUGUGCUGGAGGAACUCAUUGACAUCAACCAGCACCACCUGGAUGCGAUUGGAGUUGGCCAUUCCUCCCUGGACAGAGUCUGCCAGGUCACCGCCUCUCAUGGGCUGCACAGCAAGCUGACGGGCGCAGGGGGAGGCGGCUGCGCCAUCACUUUGCUACGGCCAGACACUUCUUCUGCAGUAGUGGCAGCCGCCACCCGAGACCUUGAUGCCUGUGGAUUCAAGUGCUGGGAGACGGACAUUGGGGCCCCGGGGGUGUGUGUGCACUCGCCCCCCUCCCUGAAAGCAGAAGUGCAAGCGGCUCUUAGCAGGGUUUAAAAGUGGUGGCAGAGGCUUCUCUUCCUGCUGAGAAUUGGGUCCUGGUCCUGCGAGUUCCAUCGCCCUUGGCCGUUGCUCAGAUUUGACCGCAGAGACCUCGCUCAAAAUUGUGGGACCCCUGGAGAUUUUGGAUGGGUUUUCUUGGACCAUGGAGAAUGCAGUGCAAGGAUGCCGACAGGGCCCAUUUGCUGGAGGCGGUGGGGUCCCCACGAGUUGCUUUGCUGGGCCUGGUUACGCAGCUUGGAAGGGCUGUCACUGGGUGCUGAGGGUGCUGGGUGCUGGCUGUCUUCUGCUUGACUCUCUUCUGUCCUCCUUUUCCACCCUGUUGAUACCUUGCCAGGGCACGGCUGCUUUGCUCACGGGGAUAUGUGGAGUUGGGGAAGCACUUGUUUGUAAAGCAAGUUUUCUUUUGGUUUUGUCUUUUGGCAAGGAACAAAUGACAACUUUUGGGAGGUGACUUAAUCCGGUUCCAUCCGUCACUCCCCCCCCGCAGCCCCCUUCCUAGCUGUUCCCCCGCCCCCCAAAAUGCCCUGGGACCUCAGUUGGCAGACGAAGGGUUAAGCUCCACUCGCCCCAAAUCGCAGCUUUGUAGAUCUUCUGAGGAAGCAGGAAUUGGGGGCCCAACCGUGAAUGCCUUGUGGGACCAAAAGGAAUCAACCUUCUCUCCCCCGGACUUGUUGGCACCACUUCCGUCUUCCUUUGGUUUCAUCAUUUCCCGUCACGUUUCCAGACUUUGGCUCCAUUUCCCAGCCUCACUUGGCAUUGGGAGAUCUGAUCGCCUGGUCUCAGGACCCUGCACGCUCCGGAAUGCUGAGAGUGGGGAGUCCAGCAAGGCCUCGAGGAGACCCACAGGUGGUCCCACCUUGGUCCUAGGCACAGAAGUUUGAUGGGUGGGGUGGGGUGGGGAGGAGGAGCCCUUGUUCCUAACAAAAUGUCCGGCAGUUUGAAAUGGAAUUGGGGUGGGGGGAAGUGACCUUCUUAGUCCGUUGGUUAUGUAUUGCUUCCUAAUGAUGUGUACACACACAGAGAGAGGUACAGGUGAAACUCGGAAAAUUAGAAUAUUGUCGAAAAGUGCAUUUAUUUCAGUAAUGCAACUUAAAAGGUGAAACCAAUACAGUGGUACCUCUGUUUACAAACACAAUUGGUUCCGGAAGUCUGUACUUAACUUGAAGCAAACUUUCCCAUUGAAAGUAAUGGAAAGUGGAUUAAUCCGUUCCAGACAGGUCCACGGAGUACUUAAACUGAAAGUACGCAAACCGAGGCGUACUUAAACCGAGGUAUGACUGUAUAUGAGAUAGAUGCAUGACAUGCAAAGCAAGAUAUGUCAAGCCUUUAUUUGUUGUAAUGGUAAUUAUUUGUCGUUAGGCGGGUCAAUUAUAAAUGGAAUGCAAUUAAUGAAAUGUAAUGGCGAUGUUUAUUUUUGUUUAUUUUUGUAUUAUUGUAACUAUUUGUUUCAUUACUGUGGAAUUUCCAGAAGAAAGUAUUUGUAAAAAUUAAAAGAAAAAUAAUAAGUGCAUUACUAAAAUAAAUGCACUUUUCGACGAUAUUCUAAUUUUCCGAGUUUCACCUGUAAAUUGCAACUUGCACACGUUCACCAUGUGCGAUUUCAACUUUACGUGGUUGAAGGCUGGCCAGUUGAAAUUGCAGCAAUUAAAGUCACGGAAGACAGAGAGGUUAAAAGUUCUUUUUGCGCAGGGUUUUCCUGGCCCAAAAAUAGAUUUUAAGUUCUCUGCCUUGCUCUGGGAGGCUCUUGUGAGAUUUCAUGGUACCAUCCGAGACCACACAAGACCUUCCCAGUGUCUAGUGAGCAAGGCAGAGAGCUUUAAAGGCCUGCUUGGAGGAUAAGACCUGCUUGGCGCACAAAUAUCCGCCAUCCCAGAAAUGUAGCCUCCAUGCAAAAUGCCAGUUGUCUGUGGGCGUGUGUGUGUGUGUGUGUGUGAACACUCACCGGGGCUGCAAGAUUUGAUCUGGGGAGCCUGUGGUGGGUUUUUUCCAGAUAUUGCUGAACUACAACUCCCAUUAACAUCCCCGUCCAUUGGCCAUGCAUGCUGCAGAGGAUGAUGGGAAAUUGAUUCCAGUGACACCUGAAGGGGUUGCCCCCCCUUUAAUGAGUACAUUAAUCAACUCAUAUAUGAUUCUUUUUGAAGGGAGGGGGGACUCUGCAAGUUGAGGGCACACUUUGAAGAGGCAGUUUUGAUUCUGGUAUGUUCCUGCAGUGGAGAAUGAAAAAUAAAACACUGCAGAGCUGUCCUUUGUAAUUUGAAAUGGUGACUGUUUUGUUAGUUUGUGGGUUGUUUGUAUUUUUUUGGGGGGGGGGGAUAACCUGCCCAGCAAAAACCAUUGGAGAGAAAACAAGCACCAUCCAGACAGGGAUCUGCAGCAGGUGGGCUCUGCCCUGCUGCCCCAUAGCUUUUUGCCCAAAUAAAGAGAAGGGUCUAUGACAAGUUACACUCACUUCCCAGAAGAUGGAAGAAGUCUUGCACCCGGUCCUCACCCACAGAGAGGAACUGAUCCAUGGAGUGGAAGUCCUGGGAAGCUUGGGAGGAAGUGGUCAUGUCCUCCUGGGUUUCAGGAUACAGAGGCAAGGGAAACCCGAGUGUAGUCAGACAGGCACUCACUCCAGACUUUAAGAAGGCCAAUUUCAAAAAACAUAAGGAGCUAUGGGAUGAGAUCCCAUGGUCAGAAAUACUCAGAAGGGAGUCCAAGAUAGAUGGGAGUUCCUAAAAGGAGAAAUAUUGGGUGCCCAACUGCAAACAAUUCCAACGAGAAAGAAAAGUGGGAGGCAUUUAAGGAAACCGGUGUGGCUGCCUAAGGAGCUUACAGAUGAGCUGAGAUUGUGGAAAAUCACAAAGGAGGAGUAUACACAAAUAGCCAACAGUUGCAGGAUGAAUGUCAGGUGGCUAGAGCUCAGAAUGAGCACAGCCUUGCAAGAGAGCCAAUAAACUUAUUUUUAACCUGUGUUCAAAGCAAGACGAUCAAACAAGUGGUAGGACCUCUUCGUGGAGAAGACUGAGAUAUGCUAUUGAGCAGGGGUCAGCAAACUUUUUCAGCAGGGGGCCAGUCCACUAUCCGUCAGACCUUGUGGUCGGUCGGACUAUAUUUUUGGAGAAAAAUAUGAACGAAUUCCUAUGCCCCACAAAUAACCCAAAGAUGCAUUUUAAAUAAAAGGACACAUGCUACUCGUGUAAAAACAUGCUGAUUCCCAGACCGUCCGCAGGCCGGAUUUAGAAGGCAAUUGGGCCGCAUCCGGCCCCCAGGCCUUAGUUUGGUGACCCCUGCUAUUGGGUGACAGAGAAGGUGGAACUGCUCAACACCUACUUUGCCUCUGUCUUCACCGAAAAGGAGAGCAAUGCCCAACCUGUUGAGAAGAGAAUAAUUGAUGUAAGGAAGGAGCUGCAGCCCAAGAUAGGAAGAGAGCUGGUCAGGGAACACCUAACUACUUGAAAUGAAUUCAAAUCUCCAGGGCCUGAUGAGUUGAUGAAGGACUAAGGGAGCUUGUAGAUGUAAUCCCAAAGCCUCUGCCAAUAAUCUUUGAUAAUUCUUGGAUAACAAGUGAGGUUUUUGCAGAUGGGAGGCAGGCAAAUGUUGCCGCCAUCUUCAAAAAGGGAGGAGAAGACCCAGGGAACUGCUUGACAUCGAUACCAAGAAAAGUCCUAGAACAGAUACAGUUGGUCUGUGAGUACUGAGAAUAGGAUAGGUAAUUUGAGUAUGAGUUUCUCAAAAAAACAAGUAAUGCCAGAUGAAUCUCAUUUAUUUUUAUUUUUUUGAUGCACUUACAAGCUUGGUGGAUCAGGGGGAUGCUGUGGAAGUAGUGUAUCUUGAUUUCAGUAAGGCUUUUGACAAAGUCCCUCAUGAUAUUAUUGAGAGGAAGCUGGUAAAAUGUGGGCUGGUCAUGUUGUGCGGAUGCCUGAUGAUCGUCUCCCAAUGCAACUACUCUAUUCCGAACUUUAAAAUGGAAAGCGUAAUGCUGGUGGUCAACAAAAGAGGUUUAAAGACUGUCUCAAGGCAAAGCUUUAAAAAUGUAGUACAUAUAAACACUGACAACUGGGAAACAGGGAAACCUGUGUCAGGUCAGAUGCCUUGGUCUGCCCCUGAUGCUGGACCCUUGCUGGACACCAGAGGGCAGCAGGGACCCACCUUUCAGAAGAAGUCCACUGAAAUCUUCAAGAGGCUGAGAAAUUCCUGUCCACCUUUUUGCCCUGACGUGGGCACUCUUGCAAAUGGUGGGGGUGACAGAAGUCAGCAACCUAUUUCUUCCCUUGUAGCUAGAAUCUGACAUUACCUGUUCUAUAAAAAAAACAGUUUGCUUUCAAAUACUGCUAUCAAUGUACAUGGUGCUUUACAUAAUAGCUUACAUAAUUUAUUGUAUUUCUGUCCUAUCUUUUCUCCAAGGAGCUCAAGGUGGUGGGCAUGGUUAUCCCCCCUCCCCAUUUAACCCCCACAACAACCCUAUGAGGUAGGUUUGACAGAGAGGCAAUGAGCAGCCCAAGGUCACCAGUGAGCUUCGUCACUGAGUGGGAUUUUGAAGCCUGGUCUCCCAGGCUGACACACUGACCCUUACACCAUGCUGACUCUCCGGUUAAGCAAUGUAGGCAGGCCCCUGCCCCAUGGAACUUGCAGUAUCAAUUUUGACAGAGUGAGGAGAGAAGGUGAAGGAAAGGUGAAUUUGUGUAUUAAAAGGGCUUCUAGAGUGUGCAGGAGGAUGCGGGUGGCCCCGUGGGUUAAACCACUGAGCCUAGGGCUUGCCGAUCAGAAGGUCGGCAGUUCGAAUCCCCGUGACAGGGUGAGCUCCCAUUGCUCGGUCCCUGCUCCUGCCAACCUAGCAGUUUGAAAGCGUGAAGUGCAAGUAGAUAAAUAGGUACCGCUCCAGCGGGAAGGUAAACGGCGUUUCCAUGCUCUGGUUUGCCAGAAGUGGCUUUGUCAUGCUGGCCACAUGACCUGGAAGCUGUAUGUCGGCUCCCUCGGCCAGUAAAGCGAGAUGAGCACCGCAACCCCAGAGUCGUCUGCGACUGGACCUAAUGGUCAGGGGUCCCUCUACCUUUAGAGUGUGCAGGAGGUGAGGCUGCUCUUGCACUCGUGUCAUGCUCAGGGGUUUCCCAUGGGCCACUGAAAGAACAGGUUCGUCCACUAGAUGGGCCCUCAUGGGCCUGAUCCAGCAGGCUCUUUGGAUGUUCUUAUACAGGCAUCCCCAAACUGCAGCCCUCCAGAUGUUUUGGCCUACAGCUCCCAUGAUCCCUAGCUAACAGGACCAGUGGUCGGGGAAGAUGGGAAUUGUAGUCCAAAACAUCUGGAGGGCCGAAGUUUGGGGGUGCCUGUUCUUACGCUUCAGCAGCCUCGUUCAGACAAUGACGUGUUGUCCCUCAUUGGUCCAGGCAGCAGUGGAAGCUGCCGCUGUCCAUUAAAGCACGCAGCAUUUUGCAGAAUAAGAAGCCAAAGAGACAGACCCCUGCCUUCACUUUUCUUUCGUAACCUUCCCGAAAGGGGCAGCCCACUUGGAGAAUGGAGCAUCUACCCCUGGACCCAUCCUCUGUGGGUGUAGAUUUUGCCUACAUCCAUUGUCAGCUGCAUGGAUUUCAUCUGCCCCUUUGCAGAGAAGCCGCAAACAGGCCUGGGAGGAGCUUUUCCUGCUAAUGCUCAGCCCAAACAUGGCAGAUAAAUUACCUUUCGCUGCCACUUCUCUUCUUGUAAUUAUGGGGCACUUUCUUCUGCCUCUUGCCCAAUUAGCUCUGCUUCAUGCACUCCUGGCGGCCCAGGUGGGGGCUUC